CAUGGAGGGAGAAAACAAGACUUAUAGAACGAUAAACAGAGUUUUUGCAGUUGUAUAUCUCAUAGAACUGCAUUUUGCUGUUACUCUUUAUCUCUUCCUUUCAUUUAAUCACCUUAUAAGCUGCAUCUUUUAUGUCUUAUUUUUUGUUUUAAUAGAACAUGCACACCUUAUUUUAAACGUAUCUCCUAGACAAAUAGUUAGCUUCACACUCUCAAUUGCCAUUUAAAGAGGCUUUUUUUUUUCUCUUUUCCUUAUUCACUUGUUAUUUUCCUAUCGUACUCUAAGGGCCGCUGUUGGUCUUUAAAGCAGACGUGAAGCCUUUGAAAUGCACUUACUCUUCCUCUAUUUCAGUUAGUGUAUACGCGGACAGCAGGACAUUCAGUCUUCCUUUUCACUUGUGAUUUUUUUUUACUUAUGCAUUUGUUUUCACUCUGUGGAUUAUAAAUACAUCAACAGAAGGACAAUACGGGAUAAUAGCUCGGCUUUUUGCAAAUACGUUUAUGUGGAGUUGGGUGGAUUGCUUCGGGAAUAUGCCUUUUAUAAGCAGUGAACCCACGAUUACAUGGCAAGUACGGGCCUUCAUCUUUGUUUUUUUCAUUGACGCGGCAGUCAGUCAGAUCCGCUACUCUGUCCCAGAGGAGAUGAGAAAGGGCUCCUUUGUAGGAAAUGUAGCUGAAGACUUAGGUAUAGACGCUAAAAGACUCAUAUCAGGCGGUGCACGAAUUGUUAGCGGAGAUAGCAGCGAGUACAUCAGGCUGGAUGCAGACAAAGGGAUUCUUGUGGUGGGAGACAGAAUAGAUAGGGAGCAGCUCUGCGGACAGACAUCGCCCUGUAGCUUGAAUUUUGAAAUGAUUAUGACAAAUCCAAUGCAACUACAUAGCGUUGUAGUGGAAGUGUUGGAUGUUAAUGAUAAUGCGCCUGUGUUUCAUGAGAAAGAGGUGCAUGUAGAAAUACUAGAAUCUGCUCUUCCAGGAACCGAAAUAUUACAAGAGAGUGCCACCGAUCCCGAUGUUGGCAUCAACGCUUUACACGGUUAUACGUUACACCCAACGACACAUUUUAACAUUAAGGUCCUGUCCAGCCCAAAUGGUAAUAAAUAUGCACAGUUGUAUCUUUCUAAUGCCUUAGACCGCGAGAAAGAAGAAAAGCUGAUUCUCAUGCUCACUGCUGUGGACGGCGGUGAACCACAGAGAUCAGGGACACUAAAAAUUCAUGUAACUGUGCGAGACACAAAUGACAAUGCUCCGGUUUUUACACAGUCAAAUUUCAAGGCUUCAGUUAAAGAAAAUGCUCUGAAAGGAACCUUAGUGGUGAGCCUGAGCGCGACUGAUGCAGAUGAAGGGCUGAAUGGCCGUGUUACGUACCACUUUAAUCGGAUGUCUAGUAACGUUGCUGAACUAUUUCAUCUGGAUGAAAACAGCGGCGAUUUAACUGUAAACGGUAUGAUUGAUUACGAAGAGAAUAAGAUAUAUGAGAUUGGCGUGCAGGCAAAAGAUCAAGGUGGACAGAGCACAUUAACAAAAGUAAUAAUUGAGGUGACGGAUGUUAAUGAUAAUGCACCUGUAAUUACACUAACCUCGUUUUCUAGUGCCAUCGCUGAGAAUUCUCCGAGUGGAACUACAGUAGCUAUCAUAAAUGUAAAAGAUCUAGACUCAGGAAAAAAUGGUAAAGUUGACUGCUCAGUUAACGGCAAUAUCCCGUUUGCAAUCCGCUCAUCUCUGAAGAAUUAUUAUACUCUGGUGACAAACGGUGUCCUUGACAGGGAGCGUACUCCUGAUUACAGUAUCACAUUCACGGCUACUGAUGAAGGCAGUCCACCACUAUCCACUAACAAGACAAUACCACUUCGAGUAUCUGAUGUUAAUGAUAAUGCCCCCGUAUUUGAACAGAGUUAUUAUGAAGCUAAUAUCGUGGAGAAUAACUCCCCAGGAUUAUCUGUGUUUUCAGUGAAAGCACACGAUGCUGACUCGGGGCAGAAUGCACGAGUGUCUUACCUGCUUAUUGAUACUCAGUUAAACGGUAACCCGAUAUCCACCUACAUAUCUGUUAACGCAGAAAGUGGAGUUAUACAUGCAGUUCGCUCAUUUGACUAUGAGCAAAUUAAAACUCUAAAUAUUUUUGUCAAAGGGCAAGAUGGCGGUUCGCCGCCUUUAAGCAGCAAUACUACAGUUAAAUUAAAUGUUCAAGAUCAGAACGACAACCCUCCUCAGGUUCUGUACCCAGUCCAGACUGGUGGCUCUCUGGUGGCUGAGAUGGUGCCUCGUUCAGCAGAUGUGGGCUAUCUGGUGACUAAAGUGGUGGCUGUUGAUGUGGACUCUGGACAGAAUGCCUGGCUCUCCUAUAAACUGCAGAAAGCCACAGACAGGGCGCUGUUUGAAGUGGGCUUACAGAAUGGAGAAAUAAGAACUAUCCGCCAAGUCACUGAUAAAGAUGCUGUGAAACAAAGACUGACUGUUAUAGUGGAGGACAACGGGCAGCCCUCUCGUUCAGCUACAGUCAUUGUUAAUGUGGCGGUGGUGGACAGCUUCCCUGAAGUGCUGUCGGAGUUCACUGACUUUACACACGACAAGGAGUACAAUGACAACCUGACUUUUUACUUAGUGUUGGCUUUGGCUGUAGUUUCCUUCCUCUUUAUCACGUGUUUAGUGGUUAUUAUAUCAGUGAAAAUCUACAGAUGGAGACAGUCUCGCGUCCUGUAUCACUCCAAUCUCCCUGUGAUUCCAUAUUAUCCUCCACGUUACUCAGACACUUUGGGGACAGGGACUCUCCAACACGUGUACAAUUACGAGGUGUGCAGGACGACUGACUCCAGAAAGAGUGACUGUAAGUUCGGCAGAGCUGGUAGUCAGAAUGUGUUGAUAAUGGACCCCAGUUCUACAGGGACGAUGCAGCGGAUACAGAGUGAAAAAAGCAUCCUGGAUGAACCAGACUCUCCUCUAGAGGUUGGCUUUCUCUUUUUAUAAAGUUCUAUGAAUCUGCCUUUCAGUGUUGUUUUUUACUAUUAUACUUUCUCAAAUAUCAUACUUGCUCAUGAUGAUGUUUCAGUUAUUAAAGUUAGCUAAUCUGAGCAUUUCCAAUUUUACAAACAUAAACCAGUGACUUUUUAAAAAUUCAAAUAUUUGAAUAUAAUCUACUUGUCAAACUAUUACCUUUUAAUAAUUUGAACCAAGUAGUUAUUGUCUUUGCGAUCUGCAAAACCUGCAUUGGUUGGCAAAAUUAGAUAGGUACCUUGUCCUUUCUUUCCUGACUUUUCCCCCCUCUCUUUUCCUUUUUGUUGUAAAUAUUUUAAUACUAAUACAUUCAGUAAACCUGAAUAAACGGUUCAUUACAUUUGGAGUGUUAAACGAACAGCCUAUUUUUCCUGUGUUUCUUGUCAGCACCAUGGAUAGCACAACAUUCAGGGGUACUUUAUUGAACUUUUGCAUUGCUGUGUACCUUUGCUUUUACAGUGUGUCUCCUCCGUGUGUUCACAUCGCUGGCUCAGUGUGUGUGUGUGUGUGUGUGUGUGUGUGUGUGUGUGUGUGUGUGUGUGUGUGUGUGUGUGUGUGUGCGCGCGCGUGCGUGUGUCACAUUUCACUGAUUAAGUUAUUUCUAAUUUUGCUAGUAAUUAACGUGUAUACAUUAAUACCAUAUUUGAACACAUACUGUGAUCAGCAACAUAAAAAUAGGAAUAUGUGUAGUUCAGUGCAUCCAACUCACAGGGACGCUGUUGACCAGUCGGCUGAGAUUUCAGAGCUCAUUGCAGCUGUACCUCCCCCAUCAUCUAGAAAUGUUACGGAGGAAGAGAAAAAACAUAAUUAAAACGCACGUUUAGGA